GAUCCGGUGGUCUGCUACCCUUAAGAGAUUGGGGAUAAUUCUAGGUUUUAACACAUGUGAUUUGACCAUGAACCGUCAUAGUCAUUCCAUGGGUCUGGGCAGCGUCCUCCUGAACAGCCUGAAGCAGAUGGUGGUGACCCUGGCCAGCAGCACAGGCAUGCUGAGCACCGUGCAUUCAGCCUCCCAGGCCAUGCUGCAGAGCGGCUGGUCCGUGCUGCUGCCCACCGCUGAGAAGCAGGCCCGGGCACUCUCUGCUCUCCUGCCCUGCGCAGUUUCAGGCAAUGAAGUGAACAUAAGUCCAGGUCGUCGAUUCAUGAUUGAUCUUCUGGUGGGCAGCUUGAUGGCUGCUGGAGGGUUGGAGUCAGCCUUACACGCAGCCAUUACUGCGGAGAUCCAGGAUAUUGAAGCCAAAAAGGAAGCACAGAAGGAAAAAGAAAUUGAUGAACAGGAAGCAAAUGCCUCAGCAUUUCAUAGAAGCAGGACUCAUUGGAUAAAGACCUUAUUAAUACGGGGAUCUGUGAGUCUUCUGGCAAACAGUGUUUGCCUCUGGUUCAGCUCAUACAACAGCGUUUUAGUCAAUGUGAAAGAAUGGUGACCAUUGUUUUGGAAGGCCCGACUAGGAGGAGGUGGGAAGAAGUCAGACUCAGCCUGUGAACAGAGACUAACUUUGGCAGAAGCCAAAACAGUCAGACAGUGUUGUCUAAAAAUGAUCAUUCAAGAAGAGUGAAAAAACAAGGUGAUUUGUGAGAGAGAUUUAUUAGAAAAUGAAACACAUUUGUACCUCUGUUUAAUAAAAAUCUGCUUUUUGUCA